AGAAGAAACUUCAUUUUACUGUCAUUCAGAGUUUCAUCAUCACACAAAACAAACAUCAUUAGCACCAGAAAGUUUACAAUUUUUACGAUUUUUCUGUCGUUUGUUUGUUAUUGAGCAAUCGCAGAUGAUUUGUUGCAUUGAUUUGGUUAAAGUGAUUAAUAGUACAAACUUAUAAACUAUACGAACACCGUAGUAGUAGUGUGCAUGAUUGUGUUACGCGAUAUAUAUGUUGUGCAGUGAAGUUGAUAAAAGUGGUUUGAUAAUUACUCAUAAUCUGCAAAGAAAUUACUCAUUUUGUUAGUCGUAUCUGAAAUUGUUUUUGUUUUUAAACUCCGUGACACUCACCACGCCAUUAUGACCUCUAUAAUAUUUAGCUAAAAAUAGUCGCAAAAAAUAUAAUUCAUAAAAGUAAAUAAAUAACAAAAUUUUGAGCUAAAUCGUCCAACAAUAUGACACAGCAAACAAAAGCAGAUUAAUUGAAUAAAAAAUUGAAAUUGAAAAUGGAUCCGCUAGAGAUAAGUCGUUUGGCAAAACAUCUACGACAAAGUGGUGACAAAGUAUUGAAUUCAAACUUUGCGUUGACAUUAUCAGGUGGUCUGUUACGCGCAUUAAAUGAUUCCUUCAGUUUGAUUGCCGAUGAAAAUGAAAUUUGUGCACCGCAAACGUUUCAAGUCGUGAAGCCAAACAAUUCAAAGUCGGACGCGUUCCGCGAUCUGCAAUUCAUUUAUGAUUUUGUGCAAAAGACAACCAUCUUACGGUUGACCAACUUUCAAAAUGACGACUUUGACGGAGUGGUCGAUGUGUCGAAAUUCCGCAGUCUUAAAGUACUGCAAAUUCAACGGAUCGGCAUACAACGGAUAGUCGGAAUACAACGAAUGAGACCGUAUUUGGUGGAGAUUUCGUGUAACCGUUCAAUUGAAUCCGUACAAGACAUCAUAUCGCAUUGUGGUGGUGAUAACUGUACCGGAUUUACGUGGGAUAGUUUGCAUUCGGCCGAUUUUUCAUACAAUUUAUUGACGACGAUAGAUUGUUCGCUGGAAUUUGCACCGGCGCUGCAACAUUUGAAUCUGAGCCAUAACAAAAUCGUUAGCGUUGAUGCAAUGAAAUGGCUGCCGAAUCUAAAAAUCGUCAAUUUGGGAUUCAAUCGACUCAAGUACAUACCGACAUUUCAUAAUGAGGCUGCGAGGAGAUUGCAAACAUUAAUUUUAACUUCGAAUUUCAUCGAGGACAUACAAGGAAUAUCAUCUUUGGACUCCUUAAGUGAACUUGAUGUAUCGGGAAAUUGCAUAUUGGACCAUUCAUCUCUGCUACCACUGAGCAGCCUCAUCAACUUGAGCUAUUUGAAUUUACAUGGUAAUCCACUGUCGUUUCAUCCCAGCCAUAGACAAAUUACUGCAAAGUGUCUUCAUAAAAACACUUCGAGUGUGAAGUUUGUGUUGGACAUGCAGCCCUUAUCGAAGGCUGAGAAAGCGCUCGCUGGUACCAAAACAUUGUCGGCAAAAUUUUUGCCUGGGUUGUUCCGAUCCAGUGGUCGUUCGACACCUACUAGAUCAGCAGAUCAACGCACGCCUUCGAGUAGCGUCGGAUCCAGUAGAAGCAAUCGUUUGGAUGAAAUAACUGACGGAAACGAAAUGAUUGUAUCGCGAUCGUCACAGAAGAAAAACGUUAAAAAACGUCCAGCCGAGAUAGCAGACAUUAACGAUGAUUCAGCCAAAGAAAAGACUGCGGCAAAGAGCAUUAACUUUGAAGGGAAUAAAGAUCAUCUGGAAACGAAAAGGCAAAUCGAAAGUUUACGUAAGCAAUAUGGGGACGGUUGGUUGCACAGUCAGGGUGCUAGUAUGGUGCAUGAGGUAUUGGGAAUCAAAAGCGACAACAUUGAGAGAUCGUAUUCGUCGGAGCAAAUGUUACAAUCGCUGUUGGAGGAAUCGGGCGCUGUGCCGCCCAAAAGUGACGACUGCCUAACGUCUACACCCAACAUAUCGACUGUGGCUACAAGUUCGGCUGAUUUGGACGUUAGUAUUGACAACCCGACAGAUGAUGCGAGUGCCUACAUAAGUUCCAACAAUACCUGUGAGAACGUAACCGUCACAGAGGAACAGUCCGACGCUUAUCAAACAGCUACUGACCUUUCUGACAUUUAUGCGCAAUCGUGUCAAUCUGAGAACGUCAUCUCGGACACGGAAGACAAUGAAGUCCAUUACAUUGUUUGUGUGGAACCAACUGACAUCGAAAUGAUUCUAGUAGUGUCUGACAUUAGUAUGAAAGAAAAGAACGUGACCAAUGGACGAACAAAGAACCGAUGGAACCUAACGUCAUUGGAAAGUUGUGAUAGGAUCAAAUCGGAUGUGUUGAGACUCAACUUUGACACAAUUAAGAAGGACAGAAAAGAACGAAUCUAUCGAGUGGAGGAAGGUUUAUGUCAGCAACUGGAGCAAUACUUGCGCGGAAUACUGGCUAAGCGACCACUGUCUGAAAUGAAUCAAUCGCUGUACCGAUGUGCUAAUUGUACGACCCAAUUUUCACGGGAAAACUUCUACAAACAACAAAACAUUGAAAUAACCUGUCCAGAAUGCAAAAGUAGCUAUGUCAUCGAAAUAAAAGAAUCGCCCCGAGCUCAAUCAAUCGAACGGGUCGGACAAUAUUUACAGCAAAACAGUAGAUUCAUGGAGCAUGAAAAACGAAAUGAUAAUUCCGGAACGCAGAGCAGUAUAGCACGAUUGGUUACUAAUAGCUUGAUACUAGCACCGAUUUCUUCGACUGCAUGGAAAAGAAGUACCGGUAAUAUAAGUUCAGCAACAUCUCUAAACGAAUCAUCUUCCUGUUCGAAAAUAUCAAAAUCGCAAAGUUCAUUUGACUCCAAUCAAAGCGUAGCAGGAAGCUCAAAUUGUGACCGUGAUGCUGAUUUUCAAUUCAACAAGAAUGGUGAUAGCGACAUAGAAAUCUUGAGUAAUCCGAGUCAGAGUAGCAUUGGGAUCAUUGACAGCAUACAGUCGAGUCGUAAACAUUCCGAAGAACGAAGGCUUUCACAAACAGAAGGUCUGGACGUGACGGCUUCGGAGUAUAUAAAUAAUUUGCAACUGUUGACUGGUGCAGCACAGGCGAUUCUGGUCAAUCAACAAACGUCCACACAGGAUUUAACAAUCGAUACGGAUAAUAGCGCUGAUGAUUCAGCAGAACGUGAAAAGAAAACCGUUCUUAGUGGUCUCCAUUUGACGGAGAGCAGUUCCUCCGGUUCUGUUACGGAUGGCAGCAUAUGUACGGCUUAUGAGCAGGGGCAUGGCGAUGCAAGCAAUUCGGAAAUAUCGAGUAAUAAAACAACAAGUCCGGUAAAUGAAAAAUUGACUCGGAAUGACAAUAGCAUAACGUCAAUGUUUGGUGGUCUUUUCCAAUCUACCAAUUUAUUAAUGUCGAAGACCGUUAAGGAUAGUGGUCCAGCAGCCGCGUGUGACAAAUUUAAGUUCUCGUAUACCGACUUCAGCAAUGUUGAUCACCGCUUCAAGUUGUUUUUAUACCAACACAUUUUCGAAGACGAGGGCGAACACUUGAAAUGGCUGGUGAAAGGAAAAAUUUUCAACGACAAUAAUAAUCCGACCUCCGAUUCAAGCGCCAUAAUCAGAGGAAUUUUCGUGAUGUCUACGACAAAAUUCUAUGUUUUGCAGAUUAUGGGCAAUGAAAGUGAAGACAUAUUCAAAUGGACAAAACGUCGAAUCAGUGGUACUGUUGAUAGGAUCGAAACUGUUCGCGUACUUCCGUGGAAAAUUGGAGUGACAUUAACCAUCAAAGGAAUUGGUACGAUACAUUUGCUUCUGCAGGACAUCGCCCGAACCGACAGUUUGCUACUGUUCUUUGCGAAUAAUCCAUUGCCAAUGUACUGCACUCUAGAAUACCAAAUAUCGGAACGUCUCUCGCAGAAACUCCUGAAAACCACCAACAAUGCACAGUUGAAAAUGCUUGCAAUUCUGGAAAAUUGUGAAACAUCCCUUGACGACGCAAGCACUUCGCACGGCCUGGUCGGCUUGAUCAUAACGGAAUCGGAACUUUUUCUUAUAUGUCCGACGCAUCAAUGGCUAUCGGAUAGAUGCGACGUGGACAUAGUGACGGUGAAAAAGCAAUUCAUGAACAAUUUGGUGGAAGUGGAAAAGCACGUACCGGCAACAUUGAAAAUUAAUUUCCUGGACGAAAAUACGGAUAAAUGUGAGCUGUGGACGUGUGGAUUUAUAGAGGACACCUGUCUGGAAAGUACAAUGAACGCAAUAUCGAUAUCAUGGGAGAAACUAUUUGGCGUGCCUUUGUUAGCUAGUAAUUAGAAAAUUUCGCGAAAGAAAAACCAAACUGAAAAUAAUGAUCAAUUUGGACAAAUUUGAUUCGACCAAAUCAUUGGAUCAUGUUUUUGCGAUUGAAUCAAUUUUUAACAAUUUUUAUCCGUUUAGUAAUGUGUCCGAUAAAUUUUAUUUUAUUUAUGUAUAACGACAACACUAACUAUUAUUAUUUUAUUAUUUUAUAAAAAUGUAUAUGUCUUCCUCUUGUGUAAUAUGUCUCUUGACGCAAUAAAGUGUGCAUCGGAUAUCUAA